AUGGCUCCAAUACCAUCAAGCGACAAUAGUAGUAUUCAAGACGGCAGAGACUCAUAUGCUUUAGCAGAACGGGCAGAGGCAGGGACACCGUCAGAUGUGGAGGAAGUAGCUAAAGCGAGAGCGGAUGGUCAAAAACUAGUUGACGCCGUGUGGGGAACUAUCGAAGGCGAUGGACCUGAUUAUCGAUCGCUAUCAUGGAUCAAGGCUACCGUUUUACAAUUGAAGACCCAAGUCGGUCUGGGUAUCCUCGGACUCCCCAAUGCUUUCAACAUCCUAGGUCUGAUUCCUGGAAUUAUCGUUAUUGUUACUAUUGCUCUGAUCGUCGGAUGGUCUGACUAUGUUGUGGGCGUCUUCAAGCUGAAUCAUCCUGAAGUCUACACCGUGGCAGAUGUUGGCUACAUGCUAGGCGGCUUUUGGGGACGAGAGAUAUUAGGAUUUGCAUUCUGGUUACAGAUAGUGGCCGUCACCGGUGCCAGUUUCCUUUCCAUAUCCGUUGCAUUCAACACCAUCACGGAACAUGCUACCUGCACGGUCGUUUGGGCGAUCGUGGCAAUGGUCGUCAUCGGUGUCCUCGCCUCCAUUCAAACCAUGUCUAGAAUAUCGUGGCUGGGAUGGAUGGGUCUUGCCAGUAUAAUGUCUUCAGUCAUAACACUCAUGGUAUCGCUUGGACUUUCUGAUCGACCCAGUAUGGCACCUGCCGGAAAUGAUUGGACUGCCAAUACUACAUUAGCAGCAAGACCCUCAUUCAUCGAUGCCAUUAAUGCUGUCUGCAUCAUAGUCUUCUCGUACGCCGGAACGCCUAAUUAUUUCAGCAUCGUCGGAGAGAUGCGAGAACCUGAAGACUUCACCAAGAGUGUGAUCAUAGGCCAAACACUGAUGACGGCUGUAUAUUUGAUUGUGGCCUCUGUAGUAUAUCAUUAUGCCGGACAAUAUAUCGCUUCUCCAGCCUUGGGAACUGCAGGUCACACCAUCAAGAAGGUCUGUUAUGGUCUAGCGCUGCCUGGUCUUGCCGCGGGUGGUUUGAUUCUUGUUCAUACCGCUGCUAAAUACGUUUUUGUUCGUAUACUGCGUAAAUCGCAUCACCUAUCCAAGAACACCCCAACACAUUAUGGCGUCUGGUAUGGAUGUAUCACUAUUACGUGCUUACUCGCAUUCGUCAUCGCAGAGUCCAUCCCCUUUUUCAACGAUCUUAUUGGUUUGAUCGGUGCAUUACUGGGAACUCUCAUAUGCAUUCAAACCGAGACAUAUAUGUGGGUAUGGGAUCAUUGGCAAUCACCGAGCCGAGGAUCGCUGAAAUGGAAUCUUCUGAUGAUAAUGAAUGUCAUGUUUCAUUUCAUUGGAUGGUUCAUCCUGGUCUCCGGUACUUAUGCAGCAGUGGUAACUAUCCGAAGCGAUUUCCAGAAUGGGUCUCUCUCACAACCGUUCAGCUGCGCAGAUAACAGUGGCGCAACAUAA